AUGUCAAUUUGGAACAACCUACCCUCAGAUCUCUUAGCCAAAAUCUUCUCCUUGCUCUCCCCAGAUUCACUGGCCAUAGCAAGAUCAGUUUGCAAGACAUGGCACACUUGUUCCAAAGCAUAUCCUAUAUCCCCAACAACAUCAACAACGACAACAACCUCUUCAUGGUUCCUGGCUCUUCCAAUUCGCAACCAUAGAGCAUGUUGUUAUGCUCACAAUCCAACCAUAGACAAAUGGCACCAACUCUCUCUGCCACUGCCAUCCAUUAGACCAAUUGCUUCAAUCGGAAGCCUCCUUCUCUUGAGGGUCACCAAUUCCACAACCCUCCAAUUGGGUCUCAGCAACCCCUUCACCGGAGAGUUCAAGCACCUUCCCCGGCUGCACGCGGCAAGGACCAACCCCGCCGUUGGAGUCACAGUCUCGGAGUCUUCGAGUUCAACUCUGUUCCCUUCGUUUAGAGUCUACGUGGCAGGUGGCAUGUCGGAGGCAGCCGAAGGUGGCGCAAAGUACGAAACGAAGGUGGAGAUGUACGACUCGAGGAUCGAGACGUGGCGGAUUGUGGGGUCGACGCCGGUGGAAUUCGCGGUGAGACUGACGGUGUGGACACCCAAUGAGAAUGUAUGCAUUGGAGAAACUCUGUAUUGGGUAACCUCGGCCAGAGCGUACAGUGUUGUGGGAUAUGAUGUUGGGAGAAAUGGGUGGAGGGAAUUGGGUGUGCCCAUGGCUGAAAAGCUUGAGUUUGCAUCGCUUGUGAAGAGAAACGGAGCAUUGGGAUUGGUGGGUGGAACUUGCGGCGGAAGUGGUUGCAUUUGGGGGCUGAGCGAAGGGGACAAAUGGUGCUUGAUUGAUGAGGUGCCAUUUCAAUUGGGGUUGAGAUUGUUGGGAGGGAAGAGAGUUUGGGAGAGUGUGAAGUGUGUUGGCAAUGAUGAUUGUAUCUGUUUGUACAGAGAUCUUGGUUCUGGCAUGGUGGCUUGCAGAAGGGUUGGCUGGGAAUGGGGUUGGGUUUGGAUUUAUGGCUGUGAUUACAUCAAGGGAAAACCAUUGCACAAUUCUCCCAUAAGAGGAGCACUUCUUCAUCCCACUCUUGCUUCUUCUCUUAUCUGUUGA